AUGAAAACCUACGAAUAUCCUCGAGUUCGCCCUCCUACUUCACUGCAAGCACCUCAACAACCUCCCGAAAACCGCUUUUCUUGGAUGGACACGCCGGCAGAAGAAGAGAGUCGAGUUUGGGCCAAUAACACAAGACGAGGGACGAAUGCUCCGGCACCGACACAGAUGCCCAAUCAGCAAGGACAAACAAUGGAACCAUACAGGUACGCUGUGGGAGGAUACCCGUAUCAAGGGCAAGAUACUGCCGUUGCGCAACAGCAACAUCAACACCAACAACCAUAUGUACCAGAUUCACGACAUUAUAGCGCUCACACGGCACAACUGAUUCCAGCACCGCAAACACAACUGCUUCAGGAACAAUCAUCUCCUCAACCUCAGCCUCCCGAACCUGCAAAGCAACCUCCGAAUCCCGAAAAUGAACCAACAGGACCAAUUGUCCCCGAUUUGAAUCCUUUGACUCCGGCUACUCCCAAACCUCCCAAUCGGCAAAGUACGAACAUGGCCAUUGUUCCUCCUCCGACCGACCCCUCCUCAUUUUCAGUCAGUACAUUUACUCCUAGCCCGCAAACGAUACGGGGUGGCUCAUGGCAACAUGGUCUUUGUUCUUGCGCCGAGCCUUCAACCUGCUUAACAGGGCUCUUUUGUCCGUGCAUGGUAUACGGGAAAACCCAAUACCGAUUAAGCUUGCGAGCGGAAAGAAAAGAUCCAACAAAUCUGCUAGGGUAUACCGCGGUCAAUGGUUCAUGUAUAGCCUUUGGAAUCCUCUGUGGAUUCAAUGGUGUACUGGCUGCAAUUCAGCACACGCGAGUGCGCAAAACUUACAAUAUGAACACGGAGGCUGGGAAUGUUGCCGGUGAUUGCCUGAAGGGUAUCUGUUGCUGUUGUUGUGUUGUCGCUCAAGACGAGAAGGAAGUCAAAUUUCGAGAAGAACGGGCCAGGAAACCUUCUGGCACAAAGAAAGAAGGAUAUGUGGCUCCAACUGGCAUGACCUUUAACCCUCCACCAAGAUGA